AUGCGAACGCCCAACACUCGCCAUGAAGACAAAGAUCUAUCUCCAUUCCGGCUUCACCACCACUAUAUAUAUAUUGCUUUCUGGACGAUACUGGCAUCUUCCAUCAUCUAUGCUAUUGGACGGGUCAGUUACAUUGACGCUCUACUUCUAGCAUCUGGUGCUGCCACGCAAACCGGAUUAAACCCCAUCGACUUGAAUCGGCUGCAUGUGCUUCAGCAGCUGAUCCUGUGGAUUGUUGCCAUGGUCACCAAUGUCAUUUUUGUCAACUCGCUUCUUGUCUGCAUCCGUUUGUAUUGGUUUCGGAAGCGGCUGCGACGGGCGGUCAACGAAGCGAAACUCUUGUCUUGGAUGCGGAAGAGGAAAGCAGAAGAAACAGAAUUGGGCCAAAAGGAUUCCAACCAUGUGGUGUCUGACGUCCUCCAAGAGCAUGAUAGCCUCACACAACCUUUGCUUGAACGAGAUGGUGAAAAUGGCCAAAAGCUGUUUUCGGCCAGAUACCAUGUCAUGAAACAGAUUGCUCCGGCAUCCACUGGCCUCCACGUUACAUUCCACGAGGUGGAACAUGAAGCAAGACACCAUCGACGAUCAUUCACUAGUACCGGGCCAUAUCAAGUCGUAUCAGAACGUCCGUAUUUGUUGGCAAGGCCUCAUAAUGAUGCAGGCCCCAGCAUAUCCUACUUACCUUCGCUUAUGUGGCAGCCGUCCAUUGCGAGUUAUUCCGACUGGGACGAAAGGCAAAAGGACCAGCUCGGUGGGAUUGAGUACAGAGCACUGAAGACGCUGCGUAUGAUUCUGAUGUGCUAUUUUAUACUUUUCCACAUCUUAGGGAUUCUGCUUCUUUUCUCGUGGAUAUGGCUGACCCCAGAGUUUGGCCAAUCCGCCACGGUGGACGGAGUCAAUAUUUUUUGGUGGGGGAUAUUCACUGCUGGUUCGGCUUUCAACGAUCUAGGAUACACGCUGACGCCAGAUUCAAUGGUGCCGUUUAAGAAUGCUGCUUUCCCUUUGAUUUUGAUGUCCUUUCUGAUCGUCAUUGGGAAUACUGGAUUCCCAUGCAUGCUUCGCUUGAUCAUCUGGCUGCUCUCAAAGCUGGCACCCUAUGGUAGUGGCCUAAAUGAGGAGCUUCAAUUCCUCCUGGAUCACCCACGCCGAUGCUUCACGCUUCUAUUUCCUAGUGGAGAAACGUGGAGGCUCCUAGGGGUGCUGAUCUUACUCAAUGGAUUUGACUUCAUCGUUUUCUGCACUCUCUCCGAUAGAUCUGAGUACCAAACGGACAGCAAGUCUCCGUCUACCAUUAUUUGGCUCGUCAACGGCUUCUUUCAAAUCGCUUCCACACGAACAGCCGGCUUCUCGGUUACACCACUUGCAGACAUUCAUCCUGCCAUUCAAGUAUCUUUCCUCGUGAUGAUGUACAUUUCUGCCUUUCCAACCGCCAUCGCCAUGCGCGAAACAAAUGUAUACGAAGAGAGGAGUCUCGGAGUCUACGAGCAUGACUCCGAUUCAGAAGCAGAGUCUAGGAACGGAAAACAUAUCGGGCUAGCCGUACACAUCCAGCGACAGCUUGGAUUCGAUCUCUGGUACGUCAUGCUCGGACUCUUCCUCAUUGCAAUUGCGGAAGGAGACCGUCUCAGGAAAGCCGCCGACGACCCGGCCCUCUCGCUCUUCUCUGUUCUCUUCGAGAUUGUAUCAGCGUACGGGACUGUCGGGCUUUCUCUGGGAUAUCCCGAGACGGAAACAAGCUUGUGUGCGCAAUUUAAUUGGGUGUCAAAAUUGGUCAUUGUCGCGAUGCAGUUGCGUGGAAGACAUCGUGGACUCCCACACGCAUUGGAUCAUGCGAUUUUGCUGCCAUGUGAAUCGCAUCAAGAUGGCCAGGAUGGACGGUCCGGCUGGUUGGGGACUUGGCUCAAGAGGCGUGCCUCGAAUUUGAGCAACCCACCAACGCUGAACGCAGGGGAAGAGGAUGAUGAGGAGGAAUACCUUUUGCAAGCAUAG